GAAUGCCUUUGCCAAUGCUGCUCGCAGGGUCAGCGGCCAGUCGGCCCCGCAGGCUCGAGCCGAGCCAGAGGCAUUAGCGGGGGGCCGCGAAGCCACGCUGCAAGUUCACCCGCAGCUGGGCGCCGGACUCGAGGUUAGCUUCGUGGCUGGCCGUGGCUACGUUCUUGAGUCCAUCAACCACGAGCCGGGGCAGAAAGGCUUGGAAGUCGGGGACCUCCUUGUGGAGGUCGGCGGGCGCUCCCUGGCGCUGGCCUCCGAGGAUGAAGCCGACGAGGUGCUUUCCGGGGAGCUCCGAGAUGGUGUUCGUUUGCGCCUGCUUCCCGCAUCAGCGAGCGGUUCUGCACCGCAGGAAGCCAACAACAGCCAGAGCGUCGACGAUCCGCCGCAGAAAGAUGUGACGAAAGAGGUCAGUGAAGAUACGAAGCCCGGUCCGCACGAUGCCCUGGCCGGCUUUCUGAGCAGUCUAUUCGGAGGUGCCCAAUCUUCUGGUGCAGCCCCAGUUGGCAGUUCGGAGAUGAACGACCCGGCCCCCCAGCUGCAGGUGGACCACGAGGAGACCGCCGACGACCUUGCAGAACCGUCUCAGAAACACCGGCAGACGUCGAAUUCUGAAGCGGGUGAGGAGAUCCUUGGCAUGCCGCCGCUGGUCCCGAAGCUGCUGGAAUCUGCCGAAGAAAGCUGGCACGAGGCGCCCGGCCGAGAGCCUGAAGUGGCUCACUGGGAGGCAGCACAGGACGAGGAGGCCCGGAAGCCUGAAGCAGAGGAGGAUGUCGAGGAGCUGAUGGCUUUUCACCCCCUGCAUGCCGCGAGCACCGCAGAGCAGCAG